CAUGAGUAUAAAGAAGUGUGUUUUAUAUAUAGUAUACAAUGUAUGUUAUAGUAACAGUGAAUAAUCAGGUUAUUGCAGAUAAUUUUGAUUAUUCAAACUUAUUGUGUACAUUGUUUAUUAAUGCAGGACGUAAUUUUAAACGGAAACACUGCUUGUUUAGGCAAAGACAACUGUAAAGAUAAUUGGAGACAAUUUGCAAUUUUUAAAUAAAAUUUCAUAUUUUCUGUAUAAUGCAAAAAGGGUAUUCAUAAAACUUUCUGGCAAAACUAUGCUGAUUUCAGCGUUACUCCCUGAUAAAGGAAAGCUUACAAUAUAAUCAAUUUCUUACUCAGAAAUAUUUUAAUUGUUGUUUUCCAAAUGUUAUGUAUGAAGUUAAUGAAGUGAUUUAAAAGUUUCUGCAGCCAAGUGUAUAUUACAUGUCAGCACAUGUAAUGGGGGAGAUGAAUAGAAAAUGAAAAUGGGAUGAUUUGUAUGAAAUUAUGAAUUAGUUAUUAACCAUAUUAAUUACAUGAUUUAUGGUUAGGUUCAAGUGGUUGCAUAUGUAUAGCUUUCACAUUUGUUUAUGUGAUUUAUUCUAUUGCAAAAUGAAAUCAAGGUAUGAUUUCUCCAGAAUGCUAGCAGCAAUCAUUUUUGCGAGGUAAAUGCAAAAACAAGUGGCUUUCUUAUUCAUAAAACCAUUAUUACUAUUUGUUACGUUUUGAGUAUCAACUCAAACAUAAAAUAUAACGUAGCAAUUUUGGUAUGCUAAUUUUUCAUACCACUAAUGCUAUGCGAACGCCACGGCACAUAGUGGAAUAUUUUGUAACUACUACAAAACACGUUCAGUGUCAAUGCAGUUAUCAAAACUGCUUGGUGUGGUGAAAUGUAAUUGGGAAGGAUGUUCUGUAUAAUUUUGCGAAAGGAUUAACAUUUUAAUUAUGUGAUUGACAUAUAAACAACUGAGACAGUUUUCUGGAGCUACAAGUGGAAUAGGUGCGGGCAUUAUCGAAGAUGAGAAAGCGUCGUACAUGUAAUUCGCUGCAUACUACUGUAAGAGUUUGCCGUUCUGUCAGGGUGUGCGCAAAACAGAUGCUUCGUGAUGGAGUGUUAAUUGCAGAGCUUGUUUCUGUGAACGCAGGUGGUGAGAGGAGGGUGCCGGGGGAUGUGGAGCGCUGUGACGCCAACCCCGGACGGACCUGCCCCCUCGUCCCGCUCAAAGCACAGUGCAACCCUCCUGGGGAGUAACGUCUAUCUACUAGGCGGUCGCAACGGCAACCUACCCCUGAAAGAUCUGUGGCGGUACAGUCUAGCGGAGAGCCGCUGGGAGCAGCUGCAACCGUCAGGCGACAGACCGCCGUGCCUCCAGGAACACUCGGCCGUCGCUUACAAAGAGAACAUCUACGUUUUCGGUGGCGAAGUCGGCUUCUCUGCAGGCACAGAGACUCCGCUCUGGGUGUACCAGAUCAAAGGAAACUGCUGGCGGAAAGUGCGUGCUCAGAAGGGUGUCGCGGUCCCUAGAGGGCGCCGUGGUCACACAGCCCUCGUACACCAAGGUGCUAUGCUGAUGUAUGGUGGUUAUCAGGACCUCCGUGGCUCUUCCAAUGAACUCUGGGGCUUCCACUUCGAUACAGAGUCAUGGCACCUGCUGUCAUCAUCCAGUAGUGGCAUUACAUGCGGAAGACCUUCCGGCACUGGCGGCAGCCACGGCGAUCUGCCACCAGCCCGCCACAAGCACUCGGCCAUAUUACACGACGAUGCCAUGUGGGUGUAUGGCGGAAUGACUGACCUGCAAGAGAGGGCCGACUUCUGGCGGUGGGACACUGUUGCUAAGUUGUGGAGCUGCAUCAAAGCUAAACCAGGUCCAGGAGCUCUGCACAGUCAUGCAGCCUGCAAACUGCCAAGUUCCAUGCUGAUGUUUGGAGGUGAGAGAGAUGGACAUCCUACCAAUGAGCUCUGGAGAUUUCACUUUGGUACCGAGACAUGGGAGCGGCUGCAGAUUCAGGGUCCAAGACCUCAGCCACGGGCAGAGAGUGUGGCACUUGCUGUGUCAGAGCUGCUCCUACAAGAUUCCUUCUUCUUCCAGAAUCAGUUUGGUGACACAGCAUUGGUCACAUCCAGUGGAAUCUCUUCAGCGUCUUCCUAUGGUGUCCGCAGUCACCGUUCCAGAGGAGGGGGAUCAGUGGAUCGCUGCACAAAUCUCAACCCCCGACACUCGUCUUACCACCCAAAUAACCGAGUCUCACCAUGUGAAAGGAAGUAUGUGUUCAGACCGACCUGUGGCAAUUAUGUGGAUGGGAGCUCCACAAAUGGCAACAGCAUAAGUCAGGAACAGGACUAUGGAGCUAGACGAUGUUACAGUGGUCAGCAAAGUAGUGUGGGAGCUUCCACACCAUCAGGACAAGCACAAGCAGCUAACAGUUUUUUCCGUGAGAUAUCCAAGCUGUCUCAAAUCAACUUGUCCAGGCUUACACACCACAAGUGUAGUUACAGUGUUUUGAGUAGUAGCAGUUAUGAUGACAGUACAGAGAGUCUGUUGCACCAUCAGUGCUCUGGGAGUGAGGGUGGAGAUCAAGGAACCCCAAGUAAAAGCACAAUGGUCAAGUCUCAAAGUGCCAAUAUCAUAUCCAGGAGGAGACAACAAGAACUUUCUUCUGUAACUUCUCCUGGUCCCACAGAUGAAUUCCAAGAAUCUGAGAGUGCAGUGGUUGCACCCAUUAAGCAUCAUAGUGGAUGUUCUAAAGGUCUUCCAAGUGUGAGAAGAAAAGUAUCUGCUAUGCCGGCAGGUGAUAGAAAAUGUAGACCUAUGCCAAGAGAUCCUAUUUCAGUACCUAACUUUGGAGCCAUCUCAUCUCUCCCCACUCCUGUCCUUACUCCAAUAGAAGUGACGCAGCUCGUGUUUGUGGAUACAGACGAUGAAAAUGAGACUGAAGAUGUGUUUGCAUCUCAGGGUUCUCCUCAUUUUAGUGAAGGUCAUAUAAUACAUGUGCAACCCUUGCCAUCAUCCAAUGUAAAUUUGAGAGAUUUUGCAGUACUCCAUCAGCAGUUCCAGCCACAUUUAGAAGACAAUUCACAGAGGCAGAGUAGCAGUCAUGGUUCACACCUGUUAGCUACAAGAGAUACAACUGUAUCUGCUCCUCUUUAUCAGAAUGUUGGGAAGACAAGUGGAAUACCUAAAUCAGCAUCAGUCAGGUUCCGUGAAGGGCAGUUUGUUACCGAAUUGGAAGAGAUGUCUGAUGAAACAGUCUCAACUUCAGACUAUGCCAGCAUUGAAACAGUGAACCGUAUUGCAUCUGCCAGCAGUUACAUCAUGUGCAAUAAAGCAAGUCCUGUUGAUAACCAGUUUCUGCCAUACCAGCAAAAUGCAGAGCAUGGGAUGGGAAAAUUUGGUGGGAAAAGUAAUGGGAAAGCAAAGACACCUAACAGAGAUGGUCCAUUUGGAUUUUGUAAUCCAAACUACCUUGGUCCUGAUAUACAGACAAUUCUUGCAUCAGCAGGUCAGAGGAAAUCAUGGCAUGUUACAACUCCUACAUCAAAUGAUAAUGACAGCAGUGAUCCACCAAACAAACACCACUUUCAGACUUAUGCUCGACUCCUGAACAGUCCACCAGACAGUGUGCUAGAGGAUGCAAGUGGACGCAGCAUAAGCAGACAGUUCUACCAGGAAGAACUCAUGGAACUUCAAAGCUUAGAUUAUUCUUGUUCACAGUCCCCAUCUCAGGCCACAACACCAGGAGGUCAGACUCCAAAUGUAAGUAUCUGCAUGGAACGAGCACCACCUCAGUUCCUUGCACUCAGCUCACCAUACAGUACAAACUCAAUGGGUGUCGAGAAGAGGAAGAAGUCUCGAGCCAGCAGUGCAAGUCGGGCGGAAAAACAGAUGUUUGGACAUGGCCAGGAACACGAGAAUGUGGAGGACAUCAGCUGUUUUGGCACAGAACCUUCCGUUCCUCUGUACAUGUUUGUGCUAGGAGGUAAGGAACAGGGUCAGGUGACUGUGUUCAAAAGACCAGUGUCAGUGUGGAAACUUCAGCUUGCACCCAACAUUUUCUGAAAGAAACAUCCAUCACUCUGCAUCUGCUUGGCUUGGAUAUUCUGUCCUUGCAGAUGUGCCAAAAUACAGGCACCAGAAGAACACACUUACGUCAAAAGUGCUGAAUUAUUAUAACUAAAAUUGCUUUAAUUUUUAAUAACAAUACAGAUGACCAAUAUAAAACAUCUCACAUGUCUUAUGUGCAAUAAUUUCAGGCAUAAAUAAUCAUUGAUAUCCUAUCAGGAAAGACUGAAGGCAGAAUUUUAUUGUUUGAGAAUUUACCACAUUACACAGAAUUUAUCAGCAGAAUGAGGAAUGUACCAUCUACUUGCUAAUGGUGUUUAUAUUAUUGAAAAUGGUGGUACCAAGACUGUUACAAAUUUUCAAUGCUGGAAAGUGCUUCAGUUCACACUGAAGUUUAUUCAAAUUAAUUGAUUUUAUCUACAAAGAAGCAGCAGGAAGAGUUCCAGAUCCAUAACUUCUUGGCUCAUGCACGAACAUUCUGCAAAGUGUGAAGCAACAUUUUUAUGGUAUGGAAGAAAAGAGCUUUUGAAGAAAAAAAGUUUUUCAUCUGGGUCACCUUUGUAUAUAUGGUGAAAUAGUUUAUUUUGGUAACUUUGAGUUUAUAGAUAAAAGCAUAUUAAGAACAUUGUUUUAUUUAAGGAUGACUGGAGAAUAACAGUUUUUUCUUUAUUCACUAAAAUCCUCUUCAUUGAAAUUCUGUUAUUUUGUCUUUAUCAUGUAGUAAUAGGGUAUUUAACCCCUGCACUAUUGGACCACUACCUAGGCUUUAAAUGUUGAGUUAACAGUUUAGUGGUGUGCCAGUUUGAUCACGUAUAAACUGUAACUUAUGGGUGACGAAAGUUGAAAGGCACAAAAGCCCCAUUAGACAAUUAUAAAUAUGCGUUAUCUGCCGUAUUACGACUUCAUUCUGAAGGUGUCUGUCGAGUAUAAAUUUUGUAACACUUUUAAGCCAGUUAUCCUUUUCAGGAAUCAGAGACUGUCAUGAUAUUGAGAGUUUAUAGAAACUGUCCAGUGACAUCUAGUCUGUAUGAGAUUUGAUCAAAAGCCAGUGUAUCAGUACAUCACAUAAAGUUUGAAAUAUCUGCAACCAUGCACGUUAUAUAACACAAAUCAAAAACCGCACUAUCCGCUAUCGUAAUCUUUAUUGGCUAUGUGCCGUGGCUUUUGAGCACAUCUCAGCUGACAAUGCCCCACUAAACUAUUAAACUCUGAAGUUCAAGUCUGGCCAGCAGCCUCACAGUACGAGAGUUUAACUCCCAUAUUUCCAUACAUUAAAUAUUAAAAACUGUUCCUCUUUAAUUUUAUUCUUAUGCUCUAUGUUCAUUACAUGCUGACUUCUGUGACUAAUCAAGUAGUACAUGAGAAACAUUAAACAUCAAAAAUUGGCUUGUUUCCACUUAAAUAUGAUACAGUGUUGUAUACCAAGAAACCCGUUAUUGAACACGUAGGAAGAGUGACAAUUUACAAUUUUUUAUAUAUAUAGUAGUUAUAAAUGCACAUUAAAAUGAUGCUGAAGAAUUGAACUUGAAUGUCUUUGUUAUCAAGAUAAUACAACAUUCUAAGUGUUUAUGGAAACUUUCCAGUAAUUACUGCAAUAUGGAAUACAAGUGUUUCCUUGGUUCUCUGGCUGCUUAUCAAGCUAUACCUACAUGGUGAGCAUUAGAAAAGUUUUGGAAAUGAUGAUUAAAUGCUGUUUAUUGAAGAUAGUAGUAACUCAGCAGCAAACUUGUCAUUAUACCAAGCUCACCUGUGGUAUAAUUCAUAGUAUUUUAUUUGUUUCUUAUGAUUCCAUUGUGACUCUUACAUGUAUAAAGUGGUGAAUUAUUAUCAUUUAAUACCACAGAGAACCUGACUGAUUUUUAAUAUUUCUUUCAAAUUAGCUCUGAAAAUGGUGUAGUCUUAUCAUAUAUUGGUGCUUGAUGAGUAAUUAAACAUGAUGACAUCAAUUUUACCUCAAAAUAGCCUUAGAAAAUAUGUCACAAGAUAAAAGUAAUGAAAAUGGCUUUUCAUUCAACAAUGUUUUAGUCGUGUACUUGUACGUAAUACAAUUUACAAGGAGCAGGGCUUUAGAUUUGUGUCAAGCUUUUUGACGCCCUGACAUGAUUGGAACAGCAUACUGCCACACUGCCAAUACAUAGACUUAUCAAUAUCAGGAUUGAACUGCGCUAUGACGUGAUGAGAUCCUCAUCCACUGAAGGAAGAGGGUGUCUUGAUACUGUGGUUAUGUCUGCUGCAUUUGGUUCAGCAUAGAAUCUCCACAGACUUGCUUUUAGGUGUUGAAGAUUGAAACUAUUUUUCAAUAAAAUAGAAAAUAGGUUUUAAGUGCAAUAGUCGUCCAUUUUUAUUAUUGAAUUUUUCCAACAAAGCACACCAUGGAUAAGUCAGGAAAUAUUUGCUGCAUAAGAAUUAAUCUAGGUAUAGGGGAUUAGUUGUAGUGUGUGUGCUAAUCAAAAAGAAUGUACCUGGGCUUCCCUGCAAUUUAGGGGCCUCAAGUAAUGCUCAGUUAACAUAGAAAGUUUUCACUUAAAUAUUUCUGCCAUUAUAUUCUGAAUUUUUAUAUUCAUUCUUAAGGGUGUUUGCUUUCUUUGGCUAGUUCAGAAUAAAUUUUAAACUCACUUAUACAAAAUUAUACUGCAUCAAAUGUAAAUGAAGCCUAAAAUUAGCUCAUUUUUAAGCAAGUUAUUAAUAAAACUGCCUAUUUAAGGUUUAUAAUACAAAUCAAAUUUGUCCUAGUCAUUUAGAUAAAGUCAUAAUAGCAGGUCAUGUGUAACAAGUUUUAACAUAAAAAUAAAAAUUCUGGUGCAUUGGCAAUAAUUUAACCUUUGAAACUGGUGAAAGGUAAAUUGUUGGGGAAUUCCUCAGCUGGAGACUCAUUAUGGUACUCACUGCUACAUGUAGAUGCCCAUUAUUGUGUGUGAUUUCAAUCAUAUUUCUAAUACUUCGAAAAAUUGUAGUAGAUCUCUCCAAUAUGAAAUUUUGUUAAAUCCAUUUAGCCAUUCUUGAGUUACAUUCAAACAGCCAUGACAAAGCCAAAAGGGACUAUUUUCCAACUUAAAUUUGCAAAUGUGCCAAAAAAUGGCUUCUAGAUGUAAGGCUUUGCUGGAUUUAGGAGUGUUGACAUAUUGUAUUGCACUGCUAAUUGCAUUUGGCAUACUUUAUCACUGAACAAAGUAUUGCAUUCAUAUGUAAUCUGAUUUGAAGUUUCAAGCCAUUCUGUAUCAGUUUGUGUGAGUGAUGGAUAUUCCUUCAUAUAUUCCUUAGUGUAAUUUUACUGGAAAAAAUGUGUGUAUUAAAAGCUACCUAUGAUUUUUAUGUAGAGAAAAAAGUGGCUGUACUUUGACUUUAUGGCUAAAAAUGUUAAUUUGUUUUCAUGAUCUCUUUUAUAUUUUGAAGGCAAGGUGCCACUACUGCGUAAUGAUUUGUAUAACAAUAAAAGAGGAUAAAAUAUUACUCAUAUUUAUAUAUGUUGUCUGUGUUUAAAAUUAUUAUAUUUGCUUAACCUCGAAGGUUUAUUUUAAUGGGAUUAAACCUAAGGAAAGAAGGUUCAGUAUUUCAAUUAAAAUAUUUAUUUAUUUUGAGUAAUGACGAAUGUUAUAUUAUUUAUACUUUUUAUUUGGCAGUGGCUAAAUGUUUAUAUAGUCAUUAUGCAAAAAUAUAUAUUUAGAUUCUAGUCAGCAAUCUGUCUUGGCUGUGGAUUAUACUUUCAUGCUUGGGGCCCUCAAAUAUUAAGGCAAGUUAUGGUGACUUUAAUACGCAAAGUAAAUUAACUAAAGUAUACAUACAACUGUUACUGAAAAGAAAUCUGCAGUCUGAAGUUAUGAUAAGCAGAAAUUUGAUGCAAUGUGGGUUGUGGUCUGUUAAUAUUAUAAGUAAAUAUAAAGUUGUGUAAUUAACUUUUGCUGUGUGAUAAGUAUGUAUUCUUAAGGUCAAAGGAGAAAAAGAAACAACUCACUUUCAAGAGCCUAUAGCAUGUAGUAAUAAAUUAUUGGAAAUGUCUGCAUAUUGUACACUUGUGUAUUGUCAAAAAAGGAAACAGGCAUAUACCCAUUCAUGUAUGGCUGGCAGGCCAUUAUGUUGCAUGUUGGGGUGAACUUGAGUGUUUACAAUUUUUUAUUCUGAGAUGAAAAUAUAGAAACUAAUGCUAACAUAUUCUGAGUAAAGUAUUUGUACCAGUGCCCUUUAGAAUGUUGAAAGCAUUAAUUCUUAAAUCUGAUGCUUAUUCUUUACUCUUUACUGCGUACUUCAUUCAGCAACCAAGGAGACUAAAGAAGUGAAGUGAAGGAGAAUCAUAAUUCUGUGUCAUAUGUCUUUGAAUUCAUCCUCUUAAAGAAAGGAUGAAGUGAAUUUUUUCUUAUUUCUCUUAAGACUGCUUUUAAAUUGUUUAUAACAUUCUAUCUAAAUAUUUGGCAGUGUUUUAUUAUAAAUUAUUCUGGUUUUUGGAAAUAGCUCUCAGAAAUUCCACAUUGUUUAUUACUGCAGCUGUCUACAAUAUUUUUUGGACUGUAAGACUCACACAUUCUGAUUUUAGAGGGAAAAUUCUGUGAAUGAAUCAUGCUAUCUCUUCAAAAUGUAAGAUGCAUGCAGAUUUUAUGCAGCUUUGUUGAGGAAGAAAAGUGUUUAUAUUCUUAAAUUAUGGUAAAAUAAUUGUUUAAAUCUUGGCAUUCUUACAUCUCAUGAUCUGUAAUGGUACACAUAAAAAGGCCACACAAAUAAUUACAUUCCACAUUAUGUUGGUGAGCUGUGUUAGAGCUCUUGCAAGAUUUUAACUUCUAUUGGCCAUGCAUUGUGGCUGAUGUACAGUUUAUCUUGCUGUGUGUCACAGUAAAAUUGUUAUUAUAGUUAUGAUGGCAUGAGACUAUGUCUCUAAAAAUAUGGAUGCUAACAGGCCAAUUUUCCAUUCCUCAGAUGACGCACGAACAGAUAUGGGGGUUUGGUGGAAUUAUAUUGAUAUGAAACACUGAGGAACUUUGUCCACCAUAAAUCCCACAUAAACUGUCCUGGAAGUGAACCCAGUCCUCCUGCAUUGUGAGAAGCUGGCAAAUAACUGCCUGUUGCAGAAGUUUAAAAUCCAGCUGGCAGCACCAUAGAACUGGAAUUGAAAUUCCUAAUUAUGAUGUGAUAAAGGUUAAAGUGUAACUUGUGAUGUAAUGUUUCUUUUAUUUGUCUGUUUUGGACUUACAUAAGAAAAGUAAAAUUGUAGAUGCAUGGUGUCUGCACUUUUGAAUCUCUGUUGUGACUUCCAGAAGCACUUGUUAUCCUUUGCACUAGGAAACUGAAUGUAAAGAAUACAUUAUUUGGAAUAAUGUGACAGUUCCUUCUGGGCGUCCCUCUUACAUACUUCAUAGUAAUGCAGGUUUUUCCACCACACUAUCUAUAAUAAAGGUUUGCCAGGAUGUUUCAUGGGUCUUCAGUAAUGUCAGGUGAAUGCAUUCAAAAAAACCUGACUGCCUGCUCUCCCACUUAUACUGAUAUUUUUCAUUUGAAAUUACACAGUAAAAUUUGUGAGUCAGAGGCAGUUCCUUUCUUUGUCAGAAACUUGGCACCCCGAUUUCUACAUAGUCCAGACAUUAUCAUUUAAUCCUGUUUAAAGUUGGAAGAUUUUUUAAUUCUUUUUGUUUCCUGUUUAAAUGCAAUAGUAUAAACUUCUCAUAUACAUGAAAGCAUAAAUAUCAAAUAUAAAAACUGUAGGAUGAUGUCUUAAAUUAGUUUCUCUUUUUAAGGCUCUCAAUGUGAAGGGAUUAUGAUUGGUCGUUUAGUGAUGCUGAAAUGAGUGACUAAAUGCAAAUGUGUUACUGUUACAGAAAGUGGCAGAAACUUGUUCCACAAACACAUUGAGAAAGAGUCUUACGGAACCAUCUGCUUUGUAAUUCCAUUUUGCUAACCUGUUACAGGUUGUGUGAGCUCAACGUAUAUGUUUAUGGUAUAAUCUGUGUAAUCAGUGAAGCAUGUUUCAUGGCAUACAUAACUUUUGUGUAUUUAAUAAUGGUAAACAAUCCAAAUGGCAGCUAGAAAAAAAGAAAACUGUUUGUAACUCUGUCAUUGAGUUUUGUAUCACACAGAAUCAUUUUCCAUGGGUAUCCACUUGUCAACUUAAAAUAAUUAAAUAAAAGAAUGUCAUUGCUGCAGAAUUUAUGGCAGUAA